AUGAACUACCGACCACUGACAGUCGCAUGGUGCCUUGCCAUCCUGCUGCUUGCCGUCACGGGCGCAAAUGGCCUGUACGUGCUGGAGCUGGUGCAAGUGCUCCACCGCCACGGUGUGCGCCCGCCCCCGGCGGAGACCCCCAACCGUGCGAAGAUGUGCAGCCCCAACGGCUCAAGCAACUGCACCGCCAUCGCAAAUAGAGGCGUGGAGCAGAUGACGGCCAUGGGGGCCUAUAUUCAGCAGCUCUACAGCGGCGACGCAGCGACCUCUGGCAGCGCCACGUGGUUUCAGUCGCCGUACGAUGUGUCUGCGGUAUACACCCGCGCCCUCGCGGACCCCGCCACGGCCCAGGCGGCGGCGGCGCUGCUGCGGGGCGUUUACGCCAAGGACGGCGCCUCCGCCGUCCCGACGGUCAUCUCGGCGCCGCCCGAGCAGGACACCCUGCUGAACGUGGAGGCGUUUCCGUCGCUCUCCGUCGCCAAGAGGGUCGACGCGGCUGCGCUCAACAGGUCACUGGCGUCCGUUGUCGACGAGACGUUCCCCGAUGCCGGUGUUCUGGGCGCCAUGGGCGCGGAGGUAGGCCUGGAUGCUGUCUGCUCGGCGCCCGCCAACAGGGUGGCGUGCUGCCAGCAUCUGCAGAAGCUGGCGACGAUGUACGCGGCGGCGGGUGCCACCGACGGCGCCCCCACCGUGAUGGCGAACAGGGCCAAGCUGGACGUCGUUGCCGCUGCGGAGUUCCGCGCGCUGCAGGGCUACAACGCCAGCUCGCCCCUGGAUGCGGCGCGCGGCAGCCUUGGCCAGCCGCUUGCGCAGGAGCUGCUCCGCAACAUGCGCCAGAAGAUGCUCCCCGAGGGCGACGCCAACCGCAACACGAGGAAGCUGAUGCAGUACGCCCACGAGGUUCCCGUCGGCACGGCGCUUGGGCACAAUCCGAGCGGCGUGACGCCACUGGGCGAGACGUUUCUGGUGGACCUUCUGCGCGACGACGCGACGCAGGCGUUUUUCGUGCGGCUGCGGUACGCAGUGCCUGGGAAUGGCGCCGCCGCUGCUGCUGCUGCUGCUGCUGCCUUCCCGUUCCGGUGCCUAAGCGCGGCCAAGGUGCCGACGUCCGCCACCACGGCGGACGGCAUCGUUUGCCCCUUCGACGACUUUGCUCGCUUUGUUGAGUCCAGCAGGGGCACGAGCCCGGCCGGGGCGGUCUGCUACCUUGACGAGGGGGUGAGGAAGGAGUUCGCGUGCGAAGUGGAGGGCGCCGCCCCGUCGCAGGCGUGUGCCCGCUACCGCGCCCUUUGCCCGUCGCAGGCGUGCCCCGAGGGCCAUGUCUACGACGCGGGCAGCGGGGCGUGCAAAACCCGGGUGGUUUUGAGCAACGUUGUCUCGAACAGUGCCGGGGUGGGUGUGGGCGUCGCCGCGGUGGCGUGUGGCUUCCUGCUUUCGUUGUUCAUCAUGCAGUUGUGCCCGAUGCUGUUUUUGAAGGACUUCGGCGAUGUGCAGGGCCGGUCUCGCGACGCCGCGGAGGCCGCCGUUGCUCUGCGGCAGUAA